AGAGUUUACAGAAUGGUUCUUUGAAAAUAUCGUCACUUUAUUAUUAACAAAUUCUGAAUGUUGAAAAUCAUAUUCGUUCGGACAGUCUGCGACGCAAUUUUCGCAUAAAAUCAACAAAAGGCAAACAUUUCUUACCCACUAUUUCUUGACACUCUAGUCGGUGCAUUGGAUUUUAUUUCAUAAUUGGCAGAGAAAAAUAACUGAUAUUUACGAAAAUGGAGCUUUCUGAGGGAGUCAAGGAGCGUCUGGGAGUCGUCGUCGGCGCCCUGCAGACCACAUUCCACUGGGGAUUCGUGCUUGUGUUGUAUUUAGGCUUCAGGAAGGGUGCCGAGCCCGGCAUGCCCCUGACCAUCUUGAGUCUGUUGUGGCAAUAGAUAAUCACUCUCCGACCGAAACGCAAUGUAAAAUUCACGAUGUGCGCUCUGCAUUUCUGUUAUGAUUGGAUUCCUGGCACUUUCCUGGUACCUGCAGUUCAAGCGAUUUUCCAACGAAAGAAGUUAAUGUUGGGAGGUGGGAGGAUUUUACGAUAUUAGCAUGUGGUAUCGUAAUAAAUGGAUAACGUUGCCAGAUAUCACGGUGAAUAGGGAGCUUACGACAAUAGUGCUGCCAGACCAUCCGGAGGAAAUCGUUCUUAUCAACGGCAGUCACACUCGCAAAGUUUCGGUCACACUGCAAAAUUACACACACAAACGCGGAGUUUU